CUAUCGCUGUUGUCGCUGACUAUACUAAACACUGAGUAUCGCUGUUUACUUGAGUAGGAACACGAAAUUCUUCAUUAUGGAAGAAGCGAAUUUGUCAAGUGCCAAUCUUGAUUAUCUACCUGAUAAUAUAUCAUCGAAAGAGCCUGUGUCAGAUGUUUUAAUGAAAGUCCAUGCAUUUCAAAAUUUGGACGACGGUGACAACCUGAGUACAGACCAGACUUCUGAAGAUUUGGAGAAAGCCGAUUCAGACGUUGAGAAAUCUUCUGUGUCCAGUUCUGUUUUGCAAACUGGCGAAAUGAUUCAUUCUGAUGAUGAGAAAAAUAAUGACGAAACUUCUCCAAGUACUGCAUCAACUACAUUAACUUUGAAUGAAAACGGUCUUGACGAAGAUGUCGCUGGCAAUUCUGAUGUGGAACAAAACGAAGAACGAAGGUCUAGAAGGAAGUCUGCGGUAAGCAAUUUGACAUCAAUGAUGGUCGCCUGUAAAGAUGGAAAUUAUCGCGUUGUUCAAAAACUGUUUGAAAAAGGAGCUUCGGUUUCAGAAACUGAUAUGCACGGGAUGACGCCUCUUCAUUACGCUGCGUUGUCCGGCUCCGAACCCAUCGUCAAAUUUCUAGUAUCAGAACAAAAGGAUUCAGUUUUGGCGACAAACGACGAAGGUCAGACUCCAUUACAUCUUGCAUGUACUCACAGCUCACACGCUUUUGCGAUUGUGAAAUUAUUAGUGAAAGACAAUGGCGAAGAAGCGAAGCUAAUAACAGAUGCUGCGGGCGAAACUCCUUUUCUUUUGGCCGUGGAGAGUGGAAACAAGCUUGUCGUUCGAGAAUUAUUGGACAGCAAAGCAAAGGAACAGUUAAAGAUUGUUAAAAAAGAUUCUGGUGAUUCAGCAUUGCAUUGUUGUGCACGAAAAAGAAACGUGGAUGUUGCAAGAAUAUUAUUGGACUCUGGCUCUGCCGUAAAUCUAAAAAAUAAUGAUGGUCAAACGGCAUUACAUAUAGCUGCGUACGAAGGACAGGAAGCAAUGAUAAAUUUAUUAUGCUCAUGUAACAAAAUGUUUGCUGAUAUACAAGACAAGUUUGAUCGAACUGCCGUACACAUUGCAGCUGAAAGAGGAUUUUCAGGAAUUGUUGAAUAUCUUGUGGAUAGAGUAAAUGUCGAUAUUAAUUUUCGUUCCAAGUCUGGCAAUACACUCCUUUAUAUCGCUGCACAAAAUGGUCAUACAAAUACUGUUUUAGCAUUACUAAACAAACGUGUUCCUCUUCAUAUGCCGAAUAAAGCUGGUGAGGUGUCGCUCCACGCAGCUGUCAUUUGUGGUCACGUGGGUGUCGUUGAGACUCUUCUAAAUAAGGGCGCAUACGUUGAUUGUAAAACUAAGGAUCUGUAUACUGCACUACAUAUUGCCGUGCAACACCGCAAGCCAAAAGUAGUGCAGACUCUUCUGGGCUACGGAGCAAAUGUGCAUCUUAAAGGGGGGAUGCUUGAAGAAACGCCUUUGCAUAUAGCUGCACAUUAUAAAGAUGGUACUGAGGUCGCUGAAAUGUUAUUGAAGAGUGGAGCGAAUGUUGAUGUACCCCAAGAGAACGGAGAAACAUCGCUUCACAUAGCAACGAGAAAAAAUAAUAUCUCCAUGAUAGAACUCCUCUUGUCUGAAGGCGCCAAUGCUGCAAGGAAGUCACAGAAAGGAGAGAUACCUUUACACAUCGCUGUCGAGAAUUCGUUUUUCGACAUUGCUGCGGUGUUAGUCAAUCAUGUCAUGAAAUCUAAUCUGAACCUGACUCAUGGUGUCAAGUUUAUAGUCAAUUCACCGAACAAAAAAGGAGAGACUCCGUUGCAUUAUGUAAGCAAACUGACAACGAAUAAGGAGACUGGUGAGCUGGACUUAAAAACAGCGAAUCUUUUACUGAAGCAUGGCGGGAAUCCUAGACUGGAAACCGUGGAUACAAAAGAAACUUGCGUACAUUACUGUGCAAGAUCUGGAAACAUUGAUGUCCUUCAGGCUUUACUUAACUCGAUAUCAGCAGAAGAAGUUCAACGAUUAGUAAAUGCGAAAUCAUCUAAUCAUUUGACUCCUCUACUUAUAUCGUCGGAAAAAGGAAAUCUGGAUGUCACAAAGACUUUAAUGAAUUGGAAUGCAAGGCUUGACGCCUUUGAUGAGAAAGGUCAAACGCCACUUCAUUUGUCCUGUGCUUACGAUCAUAAAGAUGUCGCUGUGUAUCUUCUCAACUCUAAACCAUACAUAAAUGCAAAAACAAAACUUGGUUUCACUCCGCUACAUUUGGCAGCGGAGAAAGGAUACACGGACCUGGUCGAAAUGCUUGUUCAAUUUUCAGCAAGUAUAGACGCUCUCUCGUUUGAAGGACAGACGCCGUUACAUUUGGCAGCCGAGGGAGGAAGGUUGGAUGUUUGUAAAGUCCUGUUGCAUCUACAAGCUGAUACAUCCGUUGCUGAUAAUCAUGGGAGAACGCCUUUGCAUUGUGCCACACAAAUGGAUCAUUCAGAAGUUGUUAAGUUUUUCGUGAAAAAUUAUCCUCAACUUGUCAAUCAAACGAAUGCUGAUGGCGAGACGUGUGCCCAUAUCGCUGCUGCGAAAGGAAGUAUUUCUGUUAUAAAAGAACUUGUCAAAUUGAAAUUUAACAACAUCAUAGAAAAAAUUACUUCUAGCCAGAUUUCCACGCCUCUGCUCUUAGCGGCCAGUGGUGGUCACGCUGAUGUCGUGCAGGUUUUGUUACUGAAUGGAGCGAAUGCAACACAUAUGGAUAAGUUUGGUUGGACAGCUAUUCAUCUUGCAGCGAGAAAUGGCCAUAACAACGUUAUCGACAUACUUAAAGAUAAGAUUUCUCUUGAUUUUGUUAGCCCAAAGACGGGACUCUCAGCGGCUCACAUCGCGGCGCAGUACGGCCAAACGGAAGUCAUGAGGGAAAUAUUACUAGAGGCUGAUGUUGGGAAUGUGAAAAGUCAGCCGAACAAGACGAAAAAAGACGAGGAAUCCGGCUGCACUCCUCUGCAUUUUGCUUCGAGGUCUGGAAACGAACAUGUCGUUCGCCUUCUUUUAAAUGAUCCGAAUGUGAAGGUUGAUGAAUUGACAACACAAAAUUCAUUACCGUUGCAUAUGGCGAGCGGCGAAGGACACGCCAACGUUGUUAGCCUGUUGCUCAGUAAAGCUCCGCAUCAAGUCGACACGAAGAACAAACUAGGGCGGACGGCGUUCCAUCUUGCUGCGUCCAGCGGUCGCAACAAUGUCGUUACUCAGUUGUUGGCGCAAGGAGCUCAAAUCGAUGCUGAAGAUACGGAUGGUUGGACGGCGUUGCAUUUCUCCGCGACUUCUGGACACUUAAAAGUUGUGAAACAGCUUAUUGAAUCUGGUGCAAAUAUUACUAAGGAAACGAGGGAAGGAAAGGUUGCGUUGUGUUAUGCUACUCAUUCUGGGGAUGUCGCCGUUCUGCAUUAUUUACUCAAUCUUAAAUUUGAUCCGUCGCUUUUGUUGUUGGAUAGAACGCUCAACUCGGCUCGUUCCCUGCACACGUCAUUCAUUCUCCGUUCGCCCGCACCUUUGUAUACAGCGGUAAAACUUUCCCAUCACUACAGAAUGCGGUCAGUUAAAGUUAAAGAGCGAAGCAAAGACCUGACAGCCGCUGGAGAUUUUUGCGAGGAGCUGGCCCAGGACAUUAUGACGCUGGCUUGUGCGACUGAUGCGAGUCAUCUAUUGAACGCGACAGACGACGAAGAUAAACCGUUUUUGGACGUAAUGGUCGAUUGCGAACAGAAGAAGUGUGUUGCGCAAAACGCUGUACAGUCGUACUUAGGUAGCAAGUGGGUUGCCGGACGAGAUUGGAGAACGACCAAAAUUGUGGGUGUGUUCUUCGCGGCCCUCGUUUUGCCGCCUGUUUGGGCAGUGCUCUCCCUUCCAUGGAAAAAUAACUACAAUCAAGUGCCGUUGGUAAAGUUUAUCUGUAAAUUAAUAUCACAUCUCUAUCUUAUUCUACUGUUCGUAUUCAUGUUGGCUAUACCAUGGGGGAAACGUGGCGAUGACGUAGUUCCGGCCUGGUACGAGGUAGUGUGGAUGUUUUGGUUGUGUGGUCUUUUUCUUGAACAACUCACCGAUGCGAAGAAUAAAAGAGGUCUGGGGCGAUUACCAAUAUUGAUAAUAUUUUUGUCAAUUGUCGGCGUUCUUCUUCAUUUAAGUGCGAUUCCCUUCGGGAGCUCCACGCGCUUAAAUCUUUUGUACUCGCGCAAUCAGAUUUUAGCUGUGGCAAUGUUUUUAAGUUUCGUACAACUCUUGGAUUUUCUUACUUUUCAUUACUUGUUUGGUCCUUGGGGAGUUAUUAUUGGUAAUCUUUUGCAAGAUGUGGCAAGAUUUCUCGUUACAUUACAAAUCUUUAUUCUUGGUUUUGCCAUGCAUCUUGCGGCCAUAUCUAAACCUGCGUUUGAAAAGAAAGCAUCGAAAUCCGUUACUUUAUCAAACAUGCACGAAAACUUUGUUGAGAUAUUCAAAUUCUUGGUUUUCACUCUUUUUGGCUCGGCUGACUCUAAUUUCCUCGACGACAUGACUAAGAAUAAUCUUCCGGGUUUCUCUAAGGUCUUGGUCUAUAUUGUGUUUGGUUUUUACUGCUUAAUUACCAUAAUUGUUCUAAUUAACCUUCUAAUUGCCAUGAUGAGCGACACUUACCGACGCAUUCAGGCGCAAUCUGAUUUGGAAUGGAAAUUCGGCCGCGCAAAGUUGAUAAGGAGCCUGGAACAGUCAACUCUAACACCUGCGCCUCUCAACCUACUCACGACCGCUUGGAAGUACAUACGACUUGUCCACAAAUUAAGAUGCGUGUGCUGCAGGCCAGACAUUAUAGAAGUACUACGUGAAGAGAUAAGUGAUAAAGUGGAGGUUCCAAAUAUCCCAGGAAUUAACGCCGUAUCUCCUGACUCUUCUAGUUGUGUUGUAGGUGUAGAUGGGGAUAGUCAUAGGAUAAAGAAGGUUGUCAACUGGCGGGAAGUUGUGAAAAAGUUCAAAGACUUGCAGGGCAUGGAACUGGACGAUAGCGCGGAGGUAAUCGAAGAACAAGAGACAAAAUCUGCGAAUUAUGAUUUAAACGAAAAAAGUGUUCAUGAUAUCAAAGAACUUGUCGAAGUCUACUUUAAAAGAAUUGGUGAACCCACAGUAAGCUAUUCAAAAAAAGCAUGAGCUGCAAUACAAGGAUGAAUUGUGAAUGGCUUUUGAAGCAAAAGCUUGUUUAUGAUAGAUUAGGAGAUAAUGUAAAUGUAUGAAGUCUUACUUUCCCAAUAACAAUACGAAGGCAGUUUUUUGUUGCGUAGAUUUUAUUAUAAUGGCUUGACACAGACUUUAAAUAUGCAAUGAGGAAAACGCAAUUAUAUUUAAAUUGAUAAUAUUGUAAGUAAUAAUAUAUGAGUUAUUUUGUAGAGUUUGUUAUAUGCGAACUUUCAUAGCUGAUGUAGUUGAAUAAAACUGCCACUAAAACAA